ACCAGUAUUUACUAAUUCUUUGCAAUUCUUCAUUUCCUACAUUUUUAAUUUGAAAUACUUUUUGUUUUAUGCGUAAUAAUCAAAAUGGUUAAUUGCUGCGUCCGCGGUUGCCAAAAUAAACCAGUCUGCAAUGCACGAAAACCUAACCCUCAAAGGCCACCAAUAACCUUUCAUCGAGUUUUUGUCUUUCACAGCAGAUACAAGAAGAAGAAAUUCUCCUACUCGUUUCCUCUUGUCUCAAUCACCAGAUUUCCAUGCGAUGAAAAGCGUAAAAAGCAAUGGGCUGAUGUUAUAGGGAUAGACGAGAAGGAAGUCCUUGAACAGACAAGAAUUUGUUCUGUGCACUUUACGGAGGACAUGUUCGACAGGAGAAUGCUGUACACGCUCCUUCGAAAGCAUGCUGUGCCUCAGUUGCUUCUUAAUGGAAAAAAGGUACCAAUGUGUCCGUCAAAAUCGAUUGUAGUAAUUGAAGACAGUUCUGAAGAUAUGGAAAUUAAUGUGGAGCAGUAAAAUGUUACUUCAAAGCCAAUAAAAUCAACUGGCUCUAAUGACUAUACGUAAGUGAAUGAAACACUGACGUUUACAUAAUUUUCAGAAAUUGGUAUACUAACAAUACCGAGAAACAAGUAACCGAGUUAGUGUGACAGGGAAACAGCAGUUUCAUCUACUAUGAUAUUCAAGUGUCCAGGAAAGGCAGUAUAGAGGAAACAAUCUAUUGAUCAGCUAAAGAGAUUUACUCAUGAAAUCCAAACGCUGCAACAAACAUCAAGGUGGAUAGAGAAUGCAGUAAUGGGAUUGAAAUAUUUGAAUAAUUUUUAUGAAUAACAAUCGUACGAGAACGUCCUUUCCUCUUUUCUGUGAGUCAUCUAACGUUUGCACCUCAAAUAUCUUUGCUCUUUUUAAAGAUACGUUAAAUACAGGUAGCCCUCCUUCAACACGGCAUCUUAUAACACGGUUUCGCUAUAACUCGAUUCGUAAAUUGCGCGAACCCUCCUACAACACGGCAUCCUAUAACACGGUUUCGCUCUAACACGAUAA